AUGCCAUUCAUCCCAGGUCUUCUUGAGUUGUGCAGCAGCCGUCUCAUACGGUAUGAGAACCUGCCAGAGGAUACCGAUGAUCCAACAUAUGUAUUGCUUCUCGAGGACACAGACACGCUUCCCGAGCGACAUGCUUUCCUCGGAAAUUAUCGUCGUUACAGUUGCCAGGUCAUUGAAAGCAUCGUCAAUCUUCGAUUGUCCGAUGCCUUCUCACAUAUCCUUGGAAAGGCAGAGGCUGCCUUCCGGACACUCUACGACGGGCAACCGCCUCUCAAUGGUAAGCUUCAACUGGUGUCAUAA